AUGGCAAGCGCAGGAGGCAUAGACGUGCUGUUUGAAGUGAAAAAUAAUUUUUAUUUGGGAGCCUAUCAAAACUGUAUUAAUGAGGCGCAAAAUGUUCGUUUAAAAACAGAUGAGGAGAAAUUGGAGCGAGACACGUACAUGUACCGUGCAUACAUUGCAAAAAAUAAGCCUUCAAUAGCAUUAAGUGAAAUAGAUGAGAAUACUACCUUGCCACCUUUGAAAGCCGUCCGACGGUUUGCCCAAUACAUGGCUAAUCCUGCAGAAAGGUCAGGUAUAGUUGCGGAAAUUGAAAACGAAUUAAAUGAAGACUUUCCUGCUGAUGAUGUUUACUGCUUGAUGGCCGCAUUUAUUUAUAUGCAUGAAGAUAAUUUUGAUAGCGCACUGAGGAUACUUCAUCAAGGCGACUCAUUGGAGUGCAAAGCGGCUUAUAUACAAUGUUUGCUUAAAAUAGACAGGGUUGAUUUAGCCCUAAAGGAAAUCAAGAAAAUGCAAGAAAUUGAUGAGGAUGCGACUGUUACGCAGUUGGCCCUUGCUUGGGUUAAUUCAGCUUUGGGGAAAGAUAAACUGAAAGACGCAUUCUACAUCUACCAGGAAAUGAUUGACAAGUAUGGAGCCACUCCUUUAUUACUUGUCGCGCAGUCUUCUUGUUUAAUGCAGCAGGAGAAGUACGAUGAGGCUGAAAAGUUGCUUCUGGAUGCACAGCAGAGGGAUGCCAACUAUGCAGAGGCUUUAAUCAACCUUGUUGUAGUAACGCAGUUUUUAGGGAAGCCUCCAGAAGCGCAAAAGGAUAUCGAUAAUGCUCUUUUGAAUAAACUUUUGAACUGUUUUAAAUUUUGUUGCUUACCAGCACGUAACGUUACAAAUAGAUACAUUAAACAGCUAAAAGAAGACCAUGCUGAUCAUCCUUGGACUAAAGACUUUUUGGCGAAAGAGAAACUUUUUGAAAAGGUAGCCGCGUAA